AGAAAACAAGAGAAGACCCACAUGAAGGUAUCAAUCUCUUAAACGUUGAGCGAAAACGCUAAAGUUGUACUCGGAGCAGCUGCUUCGGUAUAUCCAAGUUCAAUAAAGAAGAAGAAGAUACGAAACGAUGAUCGCCGGCCAUCAUCAUGAACCUGUUCGAAGAAACUACCGUGGAAAAGGUUAUGAUAAUGAAUAUCGAAGAUCUUGACAAGUACUGUAACCGAUCACUGAACCGUGACGCGCUAACGGAGGCUGAGUACAGAUCUGCUCCAUUUGACGAUUACUGUCUUCAGGUAUUCUUUUAUCAACUGCAAACAUCACUUCGUCGAUUCAAUGAAUGGGAGGAAAUUGUCUACACUACUAUUUACGUAAUAAUCUCCAUUCUAGCCGUAAUCGGAAACGGCUUGGUGAUUAUCGCUGUACUCUGGAAAAAGGCGAUGCGAACGAAUCGCAAUGUUCUUAUUCUGAAUCUUGCGCUGUCUAAUUUGGUGCUUGCUCUAAUCAACAUCCCAUUUCUUUGGUUACCAUCGAUUGACUUCGAAUUUCCAUAUUCGCGGUUUUUCUGCAAAAUUGCUAAUGUACUUCCUGGAAGCAAUAUCUACUGUUCGACGCUUACCAUUUCCGUCAUGGCGAUUGAUCGGUACUAUUCCGUAAAACAGUUGAAAGUUGCGUCAAACCGACGGCAAUGUAUGAAAGCGAUUUGUGUAUCUUUGUCUAUAUGGGUGGUUUCAUUCCUUCUUUCUUUACCCCUUCUCCUCUACUACGAUACUACCAUGCUCUACGUUGUAAAGGAUGUGAAUGUUCUGGAUGAAAAGGGUGGGAUAAAGCUGCGUAGCUACGGGUGGCGACAAUGUCGCUUAGCACCAUCACGAUCGACAACGUUGGAAAUGUCCACACAAGAGAUCCAGUUGCUGAUGUCGCUGCUCCAAGUCGUUUCGCUCUACAUCGUGCCACUGUUUGUACUAUCAAUCUUUAAUGUGAAACUGACGCGUUUCUUGAAAACGAAUGCUAACCAAAUGGCGAAAAAUCGUUCGGAAAGCAGAAGAAGACGAGACGGUGAUGGUUCGAAAAGAAAUGGAGAGAUCGGUACACGUUCGCAAUCGAAUCCUUCUCUGAGAAGUUCCAUAGCGGAACGAGCAAGCGACAGAAGGACGAGUAGAACCACGGCUCUACUUAUUGCUAUGGCUGGAAGUUAUGCUGCUCUUUGGCUUCCGUUCACGCUUAUCUCGCUUCUUCUAGAUUUGGACAUUUUAUAUGGGGAAUCCCACGUGGCUGUGAUUGAACGCAUCGAUCAGACAUGCAAAAUGGUCUCAAUGCUUUCCAUAUGUGUAAAUCCAUUCCUCUAUGGUUUCCUCAACACAAAUUUUCGACACGAAUUCUCCGAAAUCUACUUCCGUUAUGUGCUUUGUCGAGCGAAGACCACGGGACAAGCGCGAUUCCAGCACGAUUUCUCAUCGCUGGCUGUCAAUACAAGACGUAACUCCGUAUACGUGGGGGUAAAUGAGGAGAAUACUGGUCUGUGCUCGAUAUUACGUCGUUCAUUCAUAGGUUCCGUGGACCGUCUUCGAUCUCCAAUGCGUCAUCAACCAACGAGCAGCUCCAUCAGCAACAAACAACAAAGCUCAACGGCAGCAACCGAAUAUCUAUUGCCGGAAACUGAUCAUCUUGGAUGCGAUCGAAUCGUUUUGGAUGCAGAUUCUGAAAAAGACAGCUUUGUUUGACAUUCAUCAUUCAUUCGCCUUUUCAAAUGCUUUAAUUCUGUCGUGUUUGUAGAACGGGUAUUUCUGACUUAGUCUAACACUGUAAUGUGGUGUUGAAAUGACAACGAUUCUGCGAUAAAUUUGUUUCCUAUA